AUGCAAUUGACAUGGCACAGUAACCACUCCACCGCUGAUAAGCCGCCCAAAGUGCAGGCGGCCCUCUCCCAAGCGAGGCGCGGCUCAGCAGCAUCGUCUUCUGUCGAAGGUGACGUGCCUCAUAGCACUCAAAGUGCUCAUGGCGAGGGAUCUGCUUCCGCUCAUCCUCGGCAAUACUUGUUCGUUGCUGGACGACCAGCGAAAAGACGCAAGCGCCAACAUGUUCUAGGGAGCACUACCGCAAGAAAUGCCUCUUUCGUUAGCAAAGGUACACCACACCUUGACGAGUCGAAGCCAUCUCAAGUGCCAGCAGAUACAUACCCAGUCCCUCUGGUGUCUACAAAUUUCGGUGUUGUCCAGACACAGGUCGAGUUGUGUCCUGCACAAUUACCGCCUCCUCCUGAUGCUACGUGGCUACAUGGACAAUUGGACCCGGACAUGAUAACGGAAGUUGAGGCUGUGGGCACGCCUGACAGUGAGAGUCUAGAACAGUGUCUGCAAAUCCAGCAUUCUCAGGAUUCACCGGCGGCAUGGAGCCCGACUUCGUCAGAGAGUCUCAACGGAUCCUCGUCCUACCUGACGGAAUCCGAAUAUACAAGCCAAACCAGUCUCUCGUACAUCCCCCAAUUUUGCUUUCCAACACUGCACGACAAGUUUUCCGGCCUUCUUGACAUGUAUGAUCAAGAAUUCUGCAAUUAUCCAAUCACUUCCGACUUCAGCAUCAACCCGUACCGCUACAGACCUGAAACUACCAAAGGCUCUCAGCAUUUGCUGCACGCCAUUAUGGCGAUUUCCUGCCACUUUCGGCUGCGGUCACCCUCUCAAGCCUCCCCGCCUGUGGAGACACUGAGCCACAAAGGCGCGGCAAUGGUACUAUACCAAGGGGCGUUUGCAGGGGCUGGCAUCUACAAUAAUGCUUUGAGUUUACUCGACACAGCACUUGCACUCUGGCAACUUGAGGCCACCAUCUCAUCCCUCAACAUAUGGAGAUCCCAUUUGACCGACGCAUAUCAUCUUCUGGAGCUCUAUGGUGGAGUGAAAAAGUGGUCGACGAGCAGGAAAGCGAACGUCCAGGUCUCAAUGAUCCUUUGGUGGGACGCCAUGGUAUCCCUCUUAGCACGAACAGAAUGUGUCUUGCCCUACGCGUACCUCGAGACAGUCCUCAAAACCGAAGGGCGCCAGCCUUGGACAUUCUAUCAGCUGAACGGCUGCCCGCGCCAACUAUUUGUUCCGAUGACACAGCUCGCCAACCUCUCCGGCCGCAAAUGGAGCAAGACGGCCUCAGUGUUGGUAAAGGAGAUCGAGCAGUCAAUCACUAACUACAUCUAUCCUGGCCGAGGUCUUGAGUGUGACUCGGACGACGAAGAAGCUAUGCAUACUGAACGUGACCGCUAUCAUUGUUGUGAGGGAUUCCGGUACGCCUUGUUAAUCUAUAUCCUCAGGAUAUUCCCCUGGCCAAGAACCGACUCCCCAGCACAGGUGGGCGCACGCAUUUCGUUCCUUUCACGAGUCUGCCUCGACCACGUGGCGGCAUGCCGACCGACUUCGUUCAUCCAGAAGCAGCUCCUAUUUGCUGUCUUCAUAGCCGGGUCAGAGACACACAACACAGCACACCGUGCGCUGGUGGAAGAUUACUGUCGGCGGUGGUACGAAAAGUUUGGGUACCAGAUGUACAUGACCGUGCUGGAUGUCAUGGGGGCUGUUUGGGCCAAACGGGAUGCGGGAGAACAAGACUUUUGGUGGGGAGAAGAACUUGACGCGCGACGAGCGAAAGAGGGGGAUUUUGUACAGUUUUGCUUCGGGUGA